GUGAUUUGUGGUUGUUUGUCGCUCUAUGACCACGGUAGUGGAGGGAUGGGUGUGUCCACGCUCUCUUGGCGAAACCCGCCGGAAAGGAGGAGGGCCUGUUUGUCUGUCGUUGUGUAUCUGUCUGUCUGUCUGGCAGCGCCGGUGUUUGUGAUGGGAGCUAGCUAACUAGGAAGGGCGACUAUAGCUUUAAGUCAAAGAAACGAAAGAAGAGUCAGUCAGCGCUGUCGCUGCUGGAUCGCUUGGCUUGGUUACUGGCACUACGGGGGAUUUCGAUAUGAUAUUUGUUAAACUAAUUCUCAUGCUCUGCUUCCUACACGACAUUACAGGUCAGUUUGGGAACCCUUUGAACAAAUAUAUUCGCCACUAUGAAGGAUUAUCCUACGACACCGAAGCCCUGCACAGCAGACACCAGAGAGCCAAGAGGGCUCUCUCUCCUCAAGACAAGACCGUGCACCUGGACUUUCAUGCUCACGGAAGAUAUUUCAACUUGCGGCUGAAAAGGGAUACGGCUCUGUUUUCUGAUAAUCUCAUCAUUGAGGUAUCAGGGGUGGAAACACCCGCUGAUACAUCACAUAUUUACAGUGGAGAAAUUUACGGAGAAAAGGAUACGCUGACCCAUGGGUCUGUGGUUGAUGGACGCUUUGAGGGCUUCAUUAAAACCCACCAAGGAACAUACUACGUUGAACCCUCAGAGAGGUACCUAGAGAACAAGAACGUGCCCUUCCACUCCGUCAUCUAUCACGAGGACGACAUCAAUUAUCCUCAUAAGUAUGGCUCAGAGGGCGGCUGCGCUGACCACUCCGUGUUUGAGAGGAUGCGGAAGUACCAGGCGUCAGGAGUGGAAGACCCAACCAAAAGGGCGAAAGGUAAGCUGGAGAAAGGCGGCUCCUAUGGUCCUGUCGUUCUAAGGAGUAAGAGGGCAGCAGGGAAAGAGAACAACACCUGUCAGCUCUUCAUCCAGACAGACCACCUCUUCUUCAAAUACUAUGGCACAAGAGAGGCCGUCAUUGCCCAGAUAUCCAGCCAUGUGAAGGCUAUUGACUACAUUUACCAGGCCACAGACUUCAUGGGCAUACGAAACAUCAGUUUCAUGGUUAAAAGGAUCAGGAUAAAUACCACCGCAGAUACCCUCGACAAAACCAAUCCAUUUCGCUUUAGCAACAUCGGGGUGGAGAAGUUUUUGGAGCUCAACUCUGAACAGAACCAUGAUGACUACUGCCUGGCCUACGUCUUCACUGACAGGGAUUUCGAUGAUGGCGUGCUAGGCUUGGCCUGGGUCGGGGCUCCCUCAGGAAGCUCUGGGGGCAUCUGUGAGAAGAACAAACAGUACUCAGACGGGAAGAGGAAGUCUCUGAACACUGGUAUCAUCACUGUUCAGAAUUAUGCCUCACACGUCCCUCCCAAGGUCUCACACAUCACCUUUGCUCAUGAGGUCGGACACAACUUUGGCUCUCCUCAUGACUCUGGCAUCGAAUGCACCCCUGGAGAGUCUAAGACGCAGGACAAAAAGGAGCAAGGGAACUACAUUAUGUAUGCCAGAGCCACUUCAGGGGACAAGCUCAACAAUAACAAGUUCUCCAUCUGCAGCAUCCGCAACAUAAGUGCUGUUCUGAUGAAGAAGAGAGACGACUGUUUCGUCGAGUCUGGCCAACCUAUCUGUGGUAAUGGACUAGUGGAGGAAGGAGAGCAGUGUGACUGCGGCUACAGCGAUCAGUGUAAAGAUCCCUGCUGCUAUAGCGCCAAUGAGGAGGAGGGCAAAAAGUGCAAGCUCCGGCCAGGGAAAAUCUGCAGUCCCAGCCAAGGCCCAUGUUGCACACCAGAGUGUAGUUUCCGGGUGGAUACUGCCAGUUGCAGACCGGAGUCUGAGUGUGCCCAAGAAGGACGCUGCAACGGAGCUACUGCUCUGUGUCCUACCUCAGCCCCAAAGGCAAACUUCACCACAUGCCAUUCAGAAACACAAGUUUGCAUCAAUGGGGCCUGCUCUGGUUCGAUUUGUGAGAAGUACAACCUGGAAGUGUGCACCUGUGCCAGCGAAAACGACAAGAAUGAGGCAGCGGAAUUGUGCCACGUGUGCUGCAUGGAGAAAACGAAACCCAACACCUGCAGCAGCACAGGCUCAGCCAAAUGGACCACGUUCUUCAACAACACGGUCAUCACGCUGCAGCCCGGCUCACCGUGCAACGACUUUAAGGGAUACUGUGAUGUGUUCAUGAGGUGUCGCCUGGUGGAUGCAGACGGCCCUCUGGCAAGACUAAAGAAAGCCAUUUUCAAUCCGCAAUUCUAUGAAACUAUUGCGGAGUGGAUAGUGCACCACUGGUGGGCUGUACUGUUGAUGGGCAUCGCUCUUAUUAUGCUCAUGGCUGGUUUCAUCAAGAUCUGCAGUGUCCACACUCCCAGCAGUAACCCAAAACUUCCCCCACCAAAGCCACUGCCAGGUACACUGAAAAGGAGAAGACGGCAGCCCAACGCGCAGUCACAAGGCCAGCGCCCUUCCCAACAGCGCAGAGAGGACUAUCAGAUGGGACAGAUGAGACGCUGAGAUGCUGGUCUGCUCUUUGCCUUCUGCUCUUCUUAGUGCCUACAAUGGGAGCACUUCACUCCAAAGAGUUACCUUUACGACAUAUUGCAAAAUUCAAAGAACCUGAAACUGAAACAUUUUCAAUGGAGAAUACCCAAAGUGUUUCUUGGGGGGGGGCGUAACAAACUCACUCAGCACCUCUGCUCCAGGAGCCAGGUUAGCAGUGGUUCACAUAGCUUUUAUAGGAAAAUAAAUAUUUUUUCCAAGGAGGGACGAGGAGAAAUUCACUGAUCUCUGUAUUGUGGUCUUAAUUGUAUUUUUUUCUUCUUUGAAUGUGUUUUUUUUUUUUUUUUUUUAAACAACAAAAUGGAGGAGAGAGAAUCGGCUCUGCUAGAGUCGUCUUCCUCUGUCCUUUAGCUCUGCAACCUCUUUCUUUCCUGCUCUUCCUUUCUGAAACGCUGCCAUCAUCAGCACGAUAGCAGGACAUCAAGUCAAAGUUUUUGCUGCCAAUCAGAAACAGCAUUACGACAUUGUGUUGGAUGAAAACUUGCCAAUGUGUUUAGGUUGUUUUAAACCAAUCUACCAUCGAAACCUUCUCAUUUGUUAGUCAUACACUUUUCCGUGUGCAGUCGUUUUGUUCUGGGUUUUCUGCUUGGUUUUCUCUAUGAUGAAGAUUCUUUACUGUUUUGAUUCAAUUUUCUCAGGAUCUCAAAAAAACAAACAAACAAAAAAAACAAAACAACAACAGCAAACGUGUAAAAGAUGGCUGCAUGCUUAUUUCAGGGUAAUGUCCCUCCUGGUCGAAGCUUGUACAGAAGGGUUCACAUUAGCCACCAUGCAACGUAGAGAACAGAAAAGAAUGUAGAUAACUAAUAUGAAUAUAUGUCAUCUGUCGUCAGAUGAAGGGGGGAAUUAAACAUUUGAAUAUAUAUAUAUGUAUUCCUUGUUUUCAGAGGGUUUUCCAUAGUGAUAUAUAGUCUGGGCCUGGAAUGAAUGAGAGGAAAUAUCUUUUUAUCAGCCUGACAGCAUCACGGCUGUUGUUCACUGACUCGUUGCUUUGUCACUGACGUUUGCAAAACGACGACUCUGAGCUACACAGGUGUGUGUCUUUACGUUGAGAGUGACAACAGUGAAUGCCAAAACGAGAAUGUGUUCAAACCAAACUCUGCUGACAAAUAAGCCCCCAUAUACAGGAAGUUGUUCCAGAAAUUAAGUGUGCAGGUGUGGUUGUUGUGUCUGCUCUUUUUCACCUGUUACGACCAGUCUUUUUAAAUGUCACACACCUGAAAAUGUCAAAUACAAACCAGUUUAAAUCAGUUGGAUCCUCUGGGCCCCUUUUACCACAUACAGAGCUGCUUCAAAUGUGAUUAAAGACGUUUUAUUUUAUUGAUUUUAAUUGCAGUUCAGAUUACUUGUAUAUGUAGAGAAAUUAGAGAUUCUAAUUUAAUUGUUGCUUCGUUGCUGCUGUUAGCUGACCUUUGUCAGAGCAAACAAUCACUCUGUGUGUGUGUCUGUGUGUGAUCCAUCCACUAUUGUCCUGUUCCUUUUUUUUUUUUUUUUUUCCUCUACUGAUUGAGGUUUUCUCAAGGGAGCGUUGUUACCCUUGUUACACCCUUUCGGUUUGUAUAAUUGCAUUAAAAAUGUGCCUACUCCGAGCAGCGUGACUGAAGUUGGUGUACCGCUGUCAGUGAUCUGUACCACGGCUGAAACGAUGCAUGAUGGGAUAGUUUCCUCUCAUGAAAUUGAAAGAACGGCAUUGGAAAUGGUGUCGCUUAGAGCAUGGCAAUGUAGGAUACAACAGCAGAUGUACACAUUUGAUACAUUGUAGAUAGACAUGCAAUAUAUCGUAAAAUCAAGCGAUGCAUCAUUAUAUUACUUUAUUCCACUAUUCUUUCACUAUUCUUUUCCAGAUGUUUUUGUUAUUCAUAUAUUUUUUAACUAUAUAUAUAUAUAUAUAUAUACACACACACACACACACACACAUCUAUAUCGCCCAGCCGUAAUUUGGCUUAGUUUGAGUGGUCUUCAGCCAGGGUUACAUUAGGUCAACUUCACUGACAGGUGGAUUAAAUGUACAUGCAUAGUUUCUUCAAAUUAUUAACAGCCUCACCUUUGAGACAGUUGUUCCGAGCACAGCUUACAACUCAACGAGCGUAUUUUCCUUUCUGUGCAAGAUGACGCGCUGUCGUGUCGUCGAUCAGAUUCUAUGCAACUCCACGGCGAAUGAGUUGGCCUCUUCACAGAGAAAUGCCUUCAAUGGGUACAUGAGAAAUUCUCUUUUGUUUUCAUAACACAGUGGUUACUCGUGUCCUUGGCAAACUUUCUGAACACAUAAAACGAAAUGCAAUUCUCUGUUGCUCCUUUUAUCGAUUGCGUUUAUCUUUUCGGUGCUACUUGUAGUGCUUCUUCUUGGGUUAGAGCUUAAAGUAUAUAAAGUAUAUUUUUCACUAUCUUGGGCAAAUUUUAAAGCUUUUGUGUGUGUGUGUGUGAGAGAGAGAGAGAGAGAGCGAGCGCUGCUUUGCUGAAUCAUCCUGAUCCUUUCUGUUGACAUGGUAUGUUGUGGUUAACACUGGGAGUUAGGGGUAAAUACUCGGGGAAAUCUUUCUUCCUUUCACAUGUGACUCUUCAAUACUGAGAAAAAUGUGCACUGAGAUGUAAGUGAUGUGAACAGAAAGUCCUCUAUGGUGAAGAUCUAGUACUACUGUCUAAUUUUCAUGUGUUUUAUACAAUGUCUUUAAAGGUCUUUUUGUUUUUGUUUGCUUUUUUGUUCUGUUUCCCAUCCUGCGUUCUUUGGGAAUUUAACUGAAUUUGCAAAGAUAAUAUUUCUCUUGAACUACUUGAAAUGCUUAAAUAAACCAGAAUUGACCAAA